AUUUCACAUUCGAUCCGACCCGAAACCCGAAAACCGAUCCAAACCCAUCUCCGCUUCUCAUCGGCUCCUUCCUCCUCCUGCUCGUGAUUCCUGCCCUGAGGAUGUUGCAGAGAAAGAGGUGAGGAGAAAUAUCUUGGAACAAAUGGAGAAGCAAACUGCGAGCCUCCAUUUGGUCUCCGCGUUUCUCGCCAUGGAACCCACUGACUGCGUGUUAUCCCACGCGAGAUCACUUGGUGGAGGGUCCGUGACGGUGGAUGUUCAGAGGUUCGUGUGGGAUCAUUGCAUCAGUAAAGCUAUUGGCAAGUGCCACGCUCCGUACUUGAAACACUUCUUGAAGAAGCUCAUAUUGGAAAUUGAGGCUAACCGUGAUGACGUGCUAGAUGAAUUGUAUGAACUGUACACCGAGUUCAUGACUUCUUUAAAGGAUGAAAAUGCAGUCAAAGGGAAUGUGAGGGCUUUGAAAUAUAUCUCUUUUAUUUUCCCAGAUGAUGCAAGUUGUAAGGAUGCAAUGGUAAGGAAAUUGGUGGUUCCACUGCAUUGUUCGCUCAACAUGCUUGAAGGAGAUACGGGGUGCUCGAUCUGGCCAGCCAGUCUAUUUUUGUCAGAGUUCAUACUUUCCUUUCCGGAUAUGUUCUCCGGCAAAACAUGUUUUGAAGUUGGCUCAGGUGUUGGCUUAGUUGGUAUCUGUCUCUCGCAUGUGAAAGCUUCCAAGGUAAUAUUAAGUGAUGGCGACCUAUCAACUUUAAGCAACAUGAAGCUUAAUUUGAAGAUGAAUCAAUUGAGCACCAGUGAUGAUGAGCCAGAGUCUUCGCAAUGUCCAGAUUCUUUUGAACCUGCACAAAUUGGAGGAAUAAGAACUGAAAUUGAUAUCGUUUCCUCACACCAGGUAAAAUGUUUACACCUGCCUUGGGAAUGUGCAUCUGAGAUUGAACUUCAGGGAUCGGAGCCAGAUAUAAUCUUAGGUGCAGACGUGAUAUACGACCCGUUGUGCCUGCCGCACCUUGUGCAUUUGCUCUCCAUUCUUGUGGAUAAAUCAAAGUCAUCGCAAUUCCCGAGAGCAGGUUGUGACAGUGCAAUUGGCAACUCACAUGAUUACAGCAAUAGGUGCAAUUCCCAGGAUGUCGAGGCAGCUCGCGACCGUGCAGGAAAUGCCAGCCCCACCAAGCAUCCAAUCGCUUACAUUUCGUCUGUCAUCCGCAAUGCCAAUACUUUCGAUCGUUUUCUCGCUUUAGUUGACAAGGCAAAUCUCACUGUUGCUGACCUGACUGGAACCUUUCAACCUGCCAGUUUACUUCCUUACAUGCAAUCAUACGAUAGAUCGAGCAUACGACUGUUCAGGCUCUCGAGUAAAUGAGGCUCGAUGUUUCUACCUCACCCUAGUGCGAAGAGCUUGUGCCCCGCUUUCCAGUUAGCACAUUCAUGCAGGCACGGACUGCACAUUGUCCUGAUAGUGAUCCAGGUCAGGGGCAUAUUCUCGGACAUUGCCCCCUGAUAUUUUUGCUUGGCCUAUGUGAUUUGUUUGAUGUAUGGCAGAGAGCAUUGUUGUUGUAAUUUGAGCUAUGAGAGAAAUGCUUCAUCCACAAUUGUAGGACGAUAACGCAACGAAACCUUUUCCAGGAUGACGGGUUAUGAUCUCGUAUAUCUUUCAUCG